UUCGCCUCAUGAAGUUUCCAGAAAAUUGCUGUUGAAUGAUUUUGCACCUCGCGCGAUCCAGAAACGCUGAGAAAGUAUUUACUGAAGGGUUUGACUUUAUUAAUCCCUAGGAAGCCACCAUUUCUCCAGAUCUCUGUUGAUUUCAUCGAGGAGUUGAGAGAACAAAACCCUUUCCUGUUUUUCACAGAGAAAAUCAUCGGAUCCAGGAGGUCUCCUGCGGUUUUUGAGGACGACUAGUGAAUUGGAAAAUGGCAAAGUGGGGCGAGGGUGAUCCACGAUGGAUUGUUGAGGAGAGACCUGAUGCCACUAACGUCAAUAAUUGGCACUGGACAGAAAAAAAUGCCUGUGCCUGGUCCAAGGAGAAGAUCAAGGAGUUGUUCAAGAACUUCAAAAUCGAGGGAGACGAAAUGAGUGCAAAAAUAACUGACAUAGAGACGUGUGACGGUGAGGCAGUAGUCAAUAACAGAAAGGGAAAGUUGAUAUUUUUUUACGAGUGGAAUUUAGUCCUGAAGUGGGUAUUUUCGAAGGAUAAGACAAUCGAGGGAAAGAUCAACAUUCCGAAUCUUUCUGAGGAGAAUGAUAUCUCUGAAGUCGACAUUGAGAUCACUCUGAAGUCAAGUACUGACGAGGGUGAGGCAGUCAAGCAUUUCUUGCAUACUAAAGGAAAGGAAUUCAUCCGAGAACGGCUAAAAGAAUACGUUGCAGCUCUUAAGCAAGAAUUUACCAAGGGGAUGAUUCUCCCCAAGAAGGACGAGAAUCAAGCAAUAACGAAAAACUGCAAGACAGCGAUUAACGUUAAAGCACAAAUGAAUGCCACUGUAGUAUCAAAUAACAAAACCCCUGGGUAUAAAAUUUCAACGACAACUGUCAAGCAGCAGCAGAAAUUUCAGUGUCGAGCCCCAGAGUUUUUCAAUGUUUUAACAACUACGGAAAUGGUUCAAGCAUUUACGAAAGGACCUGUAAGACUCGAACCAACGAAAAAUGGAAAAUUCGAACUCUUUGGAGGAAAUAUUCAUGGAGAAUUCGUGGAAUUAUCACCAACGAAAAUUGUACAGAAGUGGAGAUGUAAACAAUGGCCUGAGGGACAUUUUAGCGAAGUUGUACUUGAUAUUAAUGAGAAAUCGGAUCAUACUGAGGUUGUUCUCACUCACACUGGAGUUCCUUCCAGUGAGGAAGAUUCGACUAAAGAAAAUUGGGACAGAUACUAUUGGGACGCCAUAAAACGAACCUUCGGCUUCGGUUACUUCAUGUGAUCUCAAUUCUCUCUACACCGUAUUUAUUUAUUGAUAAGUAGCACGAUGGGAUAACUCAACACAAAAUUACAGAAAAUAAAAAUGAGGUACAGAUCGAACCAUAUGUCUUCAAACAGUAAUGAAGUGGUGAAAUGAAUUAAAUUCCAUAAUCUCGUCGAAUUUACCUAGACGAGUGGCUCUCCGAGAAAAUUUAUCAAUAAUUUUCCCACGACUCGUCAUUGAGAUUAUUCAGUGUUUUGAGAUGUUUCGUCACUUCCCCCAUACACCGACCACUGCUUUAUCGAUUAACCAGGAUCGAUUGAUAAUUGGUUAUGGCCAAUUGAGGAAUUUCAGCAAUGUUGAUUACAAUCAGGCUCGGAGGAGAGUUGUAUACAUGAAUUUAGUUUCAAUUGUCAUGA